UCCGGGUGGGGUCGGGCCGGGCGCCGAGAUGCUGCAGCUGCGGGACUCGGUGGACUCGGCGGGCACGAGCCCCACGGCAUUGCUCGCGGCGGCUGAGGAUGUGGGCACGGGUGGCGUGAGCGCGGGUCGGCCCGGUACAGGCACGCCGCUGCGCCAGACCCUGUGGCCGCUCAGUGUCCACGACCCCACGCGCCGCGCCCGUGUCAAGGAAUACUUCGUGUUCCGGCCUGGCACCAUCGAGCAGGCAGUGGAGGAGAUCCGCGCCGCGGUCCGGCCCGUGGAGGACGGCGAGAUCCAGGGCGUGUGGUUGCUCACGGAGGUGGACCACUGGAACAACGAGAAGGAGCGGCUGGUGUUAGUGACAGACCAGUCGCUGCUCAUCUGUAAAUACGACUUCAUCAGCCUUCAGUGCCAGCAGGUGAUCAGGGUGGCGCUAGCCGCCGUGGACACCAUCUCCUUCGGAGAAUUUCAAUUUCCCCCGAAAUCAUUGAACAAGCGAGAAGGCUUUGGGCUUCGAAUCCAGUGGGAUAAGCAGAGCCGCCCUUCAUUCAUCAACAGAUGGAAUCCUUGGUCAACAAAUGUGCCCUACGCAACCUUCAUAGAACACCCAAUGGCUGGCAUGGAUGAGAAGACUGCGUCCCUGUGCCAAUUGGAAAGCUUCAAGGCUCUGUUAAUCCAAGCUGUCAAGAAAGCCCAGAAGGAAAAUCCACUGCCAGGACAAGCGAACAGCGUGCUGGUGUUGGAUCGCCCACUCCUCAUCGAGACCUAUGUGGGGCUGAUGUCCUUUAUCAACAAUGAGGCCAAACUGGGCUACUCCAUGACCAGGGGCAAGAUAGGCUUUUAGAUAAUGCACCAUGGGAGUCUUCCCCCAGGAAACCCAGGUUGAUGGGGGACAGAGAGUGACACCUCACCCCACUACAGCUGGAGGAGGAGGUGGGGGGGUCAUUUCUUUAGGCUAUGAAUGACUAGAAUAGGUAAAUUAUAUAUAUAUAUAUUUAGGUGAAAUAUAUAUGCUUAGUUGGAUAUUGGACACUUGAAAAUGUGAGCUACAAACCAAGGCGGAGAUUGGCUGUCCCUGUGCUGCCAGGUUUCUUCUGAAGCUCCGUCCUCAUGCUUUGCUCCAGUGUGUACCUGUGGGGCUUCGAGUGGUUCUUCCCAGCCCAUCCUUCCCCUUCAGCAUGCUGAGUGGUGAGUGCACCCUCCACUUCUGCCCUGUAGACUGGAAUACAGGGGGGAACCUAACGACUCCAGUGCCUGCACCCCACCAGUGUUUACACUCAUUGUCAAGUUUUGUAUUUUGAAAUUCAGCCCAUUUUUUAAGCUAAAUGCAAAAGCAGCCAUCAGACUGAUGACCAAGCAAGACCGUCUACCUGGUCACCUCCAAGGGAACAGUUCCUUUUCUAUAAAUGUUUGGCCGAGAGUCACCCUUUUUGUAAAUUAAGUUCUGUUGAUACUUAAGGCAUCAUUCCAAGGUUCAAAAAGGUUCAGAGUCACUUCAAAUUAUAAUUACCUUCAGGAAGUCACUGGUAGUUCUUUGCACACCAUCUGGACAACUAAAUAUGUAUCUUUUUUACUUUAAAAGGACUGAGUAGUUUGGAUUUUCAAGUGCACACUCAUAAAGGAAUCGCACUAGCUGCUUGGAGCAGACAUGUCUACCUUGGUUCCUUGUGCCCACAGGCGUUGUUAGCCUCACCAUGAACAUGGUUGAGCUCCGACAAGCCUCCUGCACUAGCCACACACAGCUUGUCAGUACAUUAGGUGCCAGCUGGUCACUCUCAUUCCCAGCUCUGCUGCAGCUUCAUGCUAACUGGCUUGGAUGUGACCAGAUUGCCAUGGCCUGUCCAAGAGAGGCUGCCUCAAGUGCAUCUGGGUUUUCAGCUCAUGCUUUUGGUCUUGUAAUAAAGAUGUUUAGAACCAAA